CACAGCUUUCUACUGAAAGCAUAGCUCAGUUGAGCUUGGUGGUUUUUUUUUUUUUUUUUUUUUUUUCCAUGUUUGGGAGGAAGGCUGCUCUUUUGGAAGUAGUUCCCAAGCCUGGCGUGCUCUCAGUUUCCCCAACCCAGGCUGAAUCUGUUGUUUACUCGCUAACAAUGUUUUUGAAAGCCAGCGUUUCCAGCCAGCAGUACCUUGGCUUCACUCUCAGCCAAGAGCGCGGGCUUUGGGGCGCCCAUCUGCCAGAGAUGGUGUGAGACCCAGUCAGUGGUUCCCCUUAACAAGUCUCUAACCUUGGGUAAGAGGCAGGUCCUGGGCUCCCCACCCUCUAGGAUUCCUCUCCCACUCAUUGGGGACGCCACCGCUGCUGCGGAGACUUAAGCAGUUUUGUGACUUUCUCCCACUUAAAUGGAAAUUUCUUGAUUUUCCCAGGCUUCUCUGUCAGGAGCCGCAUGGCAGCUCCCUCACCGCAAAGGAACCGCUCUGGAGUUUUACGCCCUCCCCACACCCCAUCCCUGGGGAUGGGAAGGAUGUUCCGUGACUCUCGGGUAUGCUGUCUAAGGCUAGGAUGGAAAGUCACAGCCUGCAGGCUGGAUUGAGUCGAGGGAAGCUGCCGGGUCCCUGCCUGUCAGUCUCCGGGUGUGUCCAUUGAAUUGCGGAGGACUGGUCCCCAGCGCGGGAACCCAAGCGCAACUACCCGAAGCGUCGCCCUGCUGGCUCGCUCAAAGGCUAGCCAGCACCUGGAGGGCAGGACUUAGUUGCUUCUGCCCACACCCAUUGCGGGAGGAUGGCAGGACCAACCGUGGCAUAGCGGCGGGAGAAAACCAGAGAACUGCUGGUCCAGUUUGUUCACGAGGCACAGGGCGGACUUCACUCUCCGGACAGCUCCAAGCCUCAGGAAGAACCCACCCAAACUCCAGCCCGGGAGACGGAAUUAGGAUCAGGCUGGUGUUCUGCCGGGGGGAGCAGGAUACGGACUAAGCCGACACCGGCUGGGUGUACACGCGUGGGAGCGUGCUUUGGGGGCACCCCGCAAGCCCCCGGACCGGCCCGCGGACCCUCGGGGAGGAGGGAGUGGCAGCCGGGGAACUAAAGGAGAUCAAGGGACACCUCUCAAAGUGACGCCCCCAACAGGUCCGGAUUUGGAAUUGGCAGGGGGGCAGAAAUCCGGACCUCCCGGGGCCUGCUCCGCACACCCCACCGCCCCCGCCCGAAGCCCGGGCACUGAGCUCGUCUGCCCCCAGGGGCGCCCCGUCGGUUGCGGGCUUCCUCCAGCCGACCUGCCCGUGCACAUGAGGCCCCUGCCCCCGCCGCAGGCGCCGGCGCCCCCCUUACGGUGCCGGUGGUGAUGCCAUGCCCCGCCACCACGCGGGAGGAGAGGAGGGCGGUGCCGCCGGGCUCUGGGUGAGGAGCGGCGCGGCAGCGGCGGCGGCGGGUGGGGGGCGCCCGGGCAGCGGCAUGAAGGAUGUGGAGUCCGGCCGUGGCAGGGUGCUGCUGAACUCGGCGGCCGCCAGGGGCGACGGCCUGCUGCUGCUCGGCACCCGCGCGGCGGCGCUCGGAGGAGGUGGCGGCGGCCUGAGAGAGAGCCGCCGGGGCAAGCAGGGGGCCCGGAUGAGCCUGCUGGGGAAGCCGCUCUCUUACACCAGCAGCCAGAGCUGUCGGCGCAACGUCAAGUACCGGCGGGUGCAGAACUAUCUGUACAACGUGCUGGAGAGACCCCGAGGCUGGGCGUUCGUCUACCACGCGUUCGUUUUUCUCCUUGUAUUUGGUUGCUUGAUAUUGUCAGUGUUUUCUACCAUCCCUGAGCACACAAAAUUAGCUUCAAGUUGCCUCUUAAUUCUGGAGUUCGUGAUGAUCGUUGUCUUUGGCUUGGAGUUCAUCAUUCGAAUCUGGUCUGCAGGUUGCUGUUGUCGUUAUAGAGGAUGGCAAGGAAGACUAAGGUUCGCUCGAAAGCCUUUCUGUGUAAUAGAUACCAUUGUUCUUAUCGCUUCCAUAGCUGUUGUUUCUGCAAAAACUCAGGGUAAUAUUUUUGCCACCUCGGCUCUCAGAAGUCUCCGGUUCCUGCAGAUCCUGCGUAUGGUGCGCAUGGACAGAAGGGGAGGCACUUGGAAGUUGCUGGGCUCAGUGGUUUAUGCUCACAGCAAGGAAUUAAUCACAGCUUGGUACAUAGGAUUUCUGGUUCUUAUCUUCUCAUCUUUUCUUGUCUAUCUGGUGGAAAAGGACGCCAAUAAAGAGUUCUCUACAUACGCGGAUGCUCUCUGGUGGGGCACAAUUACACUGACAACCAUUGGCUAUGGAGACAAAACGCCCCUAACUUGGCUGGGAAGAUUGCUCUCUGCAGGCUUCGCACUCCUUGGCAUUUCUUUCUUUGCACUUCCUGCUGGCAUUCUUGGCUCGGGUUUUGCAUUAAAAGUACAGGAGCAGCAUCGCCAGAAACAUUUUGAGAAAAGAAGGAACCCAGCUGCCAACCUCAUUCAGUGUGUUUGGCGUAGCUAUGCAGCUGAUGAGAAGUCUGUUUCCAUUGCAACCUGGAAGCCACAUCUGAAGGCCCUGCACACCUGCAGCCCUACCAAUCAGAAGCUGAGUUUCAAGGAGCGAGUGCGCAUGGCUAGCCCGAGGGGCCAGAGCAUUAAGAGCAGACAAGCCUCGGUAGGUGACAGGAGGUCCCCGAGCACUGACAUCACUGCUGAGGGCAGCCCCACCAAAGUGCAGAAGAGCUGGAGCUUCAACGACCGAACCCGCUUCCGGCCCUCGCUACGCCUCAAGAGUUCACAGCCCAAGCCAGUGAUAGACGCUGACACAGCCCUGGGCACUGACGAUGUAUAUGACGAGAAAGGAUGCCAGUGUGACGUGUCCGUGGAGGACCUCACCCCACCACUUAAGACUGUCAUUAGAGCUAUCAGAAUUAUGAAAUUUCACGUGGCCAAACGGAAGUUUAAGGAAACAUUGCGCCCAUAUGAUGUCAAAGAUGUCAUUGAACAAUAUUCUGCCGGUCAUCUGGACAUGCUGUGUAGGAUUAAAAGCCUUCAAACGCGUGUUGAUCAAAUUCUUGGAAAAGGGCAAAUCACCUCAGAUAAGAAGAGCCGAGAGAAAAUAACGGCAGAACACGAGACGACGGAUGACCUCAGCAUGCUCGGCCGGGUUGUCAAGGUGGAAAAGCAGGUCCAGUCCAUUGAAUCCAAGUUGGACUGUCUGCUGGAUAUCUACCAGCAGGUCCUCCGCAAAGGCUCCGCCUCAGCCCUCACUUUGGCCUCCUUCCAGAUCCCGCCUUUUGAAUGUGAACAGACGUCUGACUACCAGAGCCCGGUGGAUAGCAAAGACCUGUCCAGUUCCGCCCAAACCAGUGGCUGCUUGACGAGGUCAGCCAGUGCCAACAUCUCGAGAGGCCUGCAGUUCAUUUUAACGCCAAAUGAGUUCAGUGCUCAGACUUUCUACGCGCUUAGCCCUACUAUGCACAGCCAAGCAACACAGGUGCCAAUGAGCCAAAAUGACGGCUCCUCCCUGGCGGCCACCAAUAACAUUGCAAACCAAAUAAGCGCAGCCCCCAAGCCAGCAGCCCCAACAACUUUACAGAUCCCACCUCCUCUCCCAGCCAUCAAGCACCUGACCAGGCCGGAGACUCUGCACCCGAACCCCACUGGCUUACAAGAAAGUAUUUCCGACGUCACCACCUGCCUUGUUGCCUCCAAGGAAAACGUUCAGUUUGCACAGUCAAAUCUGACCAAGGACCGUUCCAUGCGGAAAAGUUUUGACAUGGGAGGAGAAACUUUGUUGUCUGUCCGUCCCAUGGUGCCCAAAGACUUGGGCAAAUCUUUGUCUGUACAAAACCUGAUCAGAUCGACAGAGGAACUGAACUUGCAAUUUUCGGGCAGUGAGUCCAGUGGCUCCAGAGGCAGCCAAGAUUUUUACCCCAAGUGGAGAGAAUCCAAAUUGUUUAUAACUGAUGAAGAACUGGGUGCCGAGGAGGCAGAAACAGACACUUUUGAUGCCACCCCGCAGCCUGCGGGGGAAGCUGCUUUUACAUCAGACUCUUUAAGGACUGGAAGGUCACGGUCAUCUCAGAACAUUUGUAAGACAGGAGACAGUACAGAUGCCCUCAGUUUGCCUCAUGUCAAACUGAACUAAAGUUCUUUGUUCCCUUUCUAGGCAUAGCUGUUCUUUUAGCCAUACAUAUCACUGCAUGAACUAUUCUGGAAGCCCUUCUAAAAAGUCGAAAUCGCAAGAAUCAGAAAGAACAUGAACGGCAAACUUAGAAGCCUGUUAUCUUUUAAUUGCAUGAAAAUGCAUGUUUAGGGAUGGCAGAAAUUCCAAGGUGCAUCGACAUUAACCCAUGCAUUUAGUAAUGUACCUUGAGUCUAAAAUCCCAAGCACACAGUCGCUGCUGAAGCUAUAGGGUGCGCGAAAAUGUCAGGAUUAGUUCCAUUGCAAGAGUUGAUACUCUGUUUUGAAAUUGGAGUAAACACCUUCAGAUUUCAGGCAUUUAUGCUUUAUGACUAGACACAAAGUUCAUUUUCAAAAUUAGGCCAUAAUGUAUGUGUAGACCCAAUGGCUAGCAACAGCUGCUAAUAACACAAGUAAAGCAGAAUUUGGAAUAUAAACAGAAACGACUGCUUAUUUCAAGAUAUCUUUGCCAACCCAUUCCUCCUCAGUCAUUUGAUUAACGUAAUUUGAAUGUCAAUCUGUGUGCUUUUGGUGACUUAGCUCUUUGGCAGACAAUUUUUUGCACAUUGUUUUCAUGUUGUCCUUUAUGACGGGAAUGUUGUCUGAUAAAAAAAAAAAAGAGCAGAUAAUGCCGUUCAGGGCCAGUGGGGCAGGAGAUUUGCUCUUCCCUUGACAUCUUCAAGUUUGUGAAAAAGGUCUCUGAUGGAGGAGUCAGCCCUGUAAAAAGCGCAAUCUCCUCACAAGCACAUGAACUACCAAUGGGUUUAACAGCUUUUACAGCUGCACUGGUCUCUCUGUGAGAACACAAUAGCAGGCUUGACCAUCCUGUCCACUCAAUGGCCAGUGUGACCAGCUAUUCCCAUUUUGUGGGCAUGCAGGUAGGACCUAGGGAAAAGGGUAUCUAUGUGAAGCAGAGGGAAGGAAGACUUGGAAAGACUACAAGCAUUCCCACAAGUGGGUGGCAUGCAAGGAAAUGAUGGCCCACCCGCAAAGGGCAGUGAGGAAAGAAGCCAAAAUGAAACAACUAGAUUUUUUUUUUUAGAAAAUAAAUAUUGCUAGGAAGUUCAACUACCUAAACAUCCCUUAUUCUUGUAUAACAGAGAAUUUUGCAAGCUAUUUAUUUUUACUAUUCCCUGAAUGUCUUUGCUAUUGUGUAGUAGUACAUUUUGCACAUGAAAGGCUAAAACUAAACUUCCUUUACUUUUUAUACUAUAGUGAACAUUUUUCUAUUCCUCCCAACAAUAUUAUCCCAAAUGUGAAAUGAUUGGCUCAGUUUCCAGGUUAUGAACAUAUAUCAUUACAAACCAGAUAGCACUGGAUGUGUCUGUAGAUCAGAACCCCUUAGUAAUAUAUUGCGAUGGCAAAGAAUCCAAUGAAAAAUAUGUCUUAAAAAUGUAUUUCUCAAAAGGCAAGCAAUACUGGCUGCUUGUUAGAAUUCAGCCCUGCACCUGUAAUCACAGCCCUGGGCAACGUGAGACGGGAGCAUGGGUUCAAGGCUAGCCUAGGUGAUACAGCAAAACUGUGUCUCAAAAACAGAGUGAGCGAGAACUCAAUCUUGGAUCAUCAGAAUAUUGUCCAAAGUAAUGACAUUCAAAGAAGCUGUUGAGAGCCUACCAUGUGUGUAUACCUGUGAUCCCGCUAUUUGGGAGGCAGAGGCAGGAGGUUCUGGAGUUCAAAGCUAGCCUUGGCUGUGUGAAGCCUGGUCUCCAAAAAAAAGGAAGGAAGGAAGGAAGGAAGGAAGGAAGGAAGGAAGGAAGGAAGGAAGGAAGGAAGGAAGGAAGGAAGGAAGGAAGGAAGGAAGGAAGGGAAAGAAGUCUAAGGGAAGUUGGUUAGGCUUGAAAUCCCGAAGGAUUCAUGAAAGAAGGCAUUUUUUUUUUCUUAACAACUAUUAUUGCUGGGGGAGGGGGAUUUUUUUCAGCAUCCAGGCCAAAUGAGCAGGAUCUAGGGAUUUCAAGUGGUUGCUCAAAGAAAGGAGACCUUCAAGUCCAGCAGCCCUUCCCAAACCUCUCCCCCAGCAGAAUGUUCUAGUUAGCGGUCAUCCUUAUUUUUCUGCCCCUUAACUGUUUGGUGAUCCUUCACCCCAGUUUGAUAUCAGACUUCACCAGGCCUUAACCAGCCUUCACCCUCAAGCAAACCAACUUCCUCUUCCUCGAGUGUGCUUCUCAACCUCAUUUUUUGACAGUGAAAAGUUAAGAAAGAAAGAAAGAAAGAAAGAAAGAAAGAAAGAAAGAAAGAAAGAAAGAAAGAAAGAAAGAAAGAAAGAAAGAAGAAAGAAACCUUCCUUAUGCCUGGUAUGGCUGUACACACCUUUAAUCCCAGGGCUGGGGAGGCAGAGGCAGGUAGAUCUUUUUGUUUGUUUUGGUUUUUUGAGACAGGAUUUCUCCGUAGCUUUGGAGCCUGUCCUGGAACUAGCUCUUUUAGACCAGGUUGGCCUUGAACUCACAGAGAUCCAUCCUGCCUCUGCCACCCAACUGCUGGGAUUAAAGGCAAGGCAGGUAGAUCUUUGUGCGUUCCAGCCAGCCUAUCUACAAAGUGUGUUCCAGGCCAGCAAGGGCUACGUAGAGAGAUCCUAUCUUAAGAAAACAAACAAAAGCUUUCUUGGAUUCCAAUACAGUCUCCUGGAGUAUAGCAUCCGGAUCUUGUGGCCCAGGAAAACACAAAUGAGAUAAAGUGUGAAUGUCUCACUCUAUUGAAAAAUGUUCAUCGAGCCUCUAAAGCUAUUCUCAUUUUCCAAACAGAAUGCUAGGCAGUUAUUAAUAUGAUUUUUCAUUUACCCAUGUCUUCAACCAACCCGAAGCAAUGAUGUACCCUCCGAAGGACACUUACACAUGCAUGUAUAUACAAAACACAUCCCUCCACUGAGCAAAAGCCAGAGCCUCCUGGUGGCACUCAACAAGGGUCACUCCAAAUAAUGGCUGAGGAAGAGAAAGGAGCAGACAGCUUCCAGACAGCACUGACACUGUCUCAGGUUGAACCCCACUGGCAGCAAGAAUUAUGAAUGUAUUGAGGACCCCUUCUUAGGCUUCCUCGGGUCUCAAACACAGUACAGUUCAUCGAACGUAGCUGAAGACUGACGAGUCAGAGACAAAGCCAAAACACAUCACUGCAGUCUUAAGCAAAAUGUGAAAAACUGCAUGGUGAAAAAUGUUUGUACGUUGAAGCCAUGACCAUUUGGUGUCUGUUUCAUUCUAGCACAGAAACUCUUGGACAUUGCAAAACAGGUUUCUUGGCAUGUAAACAUCAGGGUAAUGUCUAUUAUGCCAUUCUCUGGGGGGGAGGGGAUUGGGGGAGGGGGCUCUCCCAGUUACACUUAGCAGGGAUCCAUUGCUCCAUCCAAGGAUAUCUGGGAGCUGCGCCACCAACGCCCGGCGGGGAGCGCAGUUCAAAUGAGCACACUGAGUAGCCAUGUGCUCUCUCAGAUCAAGCCUGUCUGCCUUCUGCAGUGCAUAGGGUUGGUUACGCUAAUACAUACAGCAGUCAUCCCUUGUAGGAGGUUAACUAAAAAAAAGGUUGCCAUGUCUACUCUAAAUGUUUGCAUUUUGUUCAAGCAAGUUAAUAUCUGGAGAUGGCAAGUUCAUUUAAAUUAAGAUGCUUUGCUGGGUUUUCUGAUUCUAUAAUAAUUUCUGGUUCUUAGGUGCCUUUCUGACCUCCCGUUGACUCGGUUUUGUCUGGAAGGGUCUUAAUCUGAAAGUCAAACAAGUCUAAUAGAGGAAUCAAGGCACAGACUAACUAAAUAUCAUACCAUUUCCAGAGCAAAACCAUAAAGAAUGAUGAAACCCAGGCAAACUGAUCAUUCAAUCAGAUCAAGGAAAUAUCAUAAAUGCUAAUUUCCCAGAACCUGAUUUUUUUUUUGCCUUAAAUGACAUGGUUGUGUUUUUGUUAGGAAAUUUAAUUUAAUAUAAUUAUGUGCAUUUAAGUGAGCAGUUCUAAAAGUCAUGUAGGAAAACAAUAUAAUUGUCUGUUUCCUGAAAACAGCUAAAUCAGAAAUACCAUACCCAUUUCAAGCUAUCGUUAAAAUGUAAUUUCCUUUGCUCUCUUUUACUGAGAUAUUUGUUUUAAAGUAAAAUAUU